AUGCAGCUAGAUGCAACAUCCUCAUUCUGAUCUGGUGUCUGUCUGGAAAACUGCUGCACUAGUUUUACUUGACUUCUGAUAAUGAUGGCUUGUCAAAGUGAGAAGACUUUCUGGAAAAGACGGUGCCAUUUUAUGAUGCUGUUCUUCAUGGCUGGGAUUAUCUUAUUGGUUUUCUACAGCUCAGGCCUUGAGGCGCCUCGGCAUUUGAACCGAUCUCUCUAUUAUCCGGCCCCCCAAGUUAGAAAUGUGACAGACAGUAGAGAAGCUGGAGGAGAUGGAGGGGGAUUGACCCAACGAGAUCAAGGGGGAGAGGCAGGACAUUCAGAGAUCUCAACGCCUCAAGAGUCUACGUCGCAGUACUUUGUGGCAUACCCGCACCAUUACAAUUACAUACUGGAUGAACCAAACAAAUGUCGCCAGGAAAGCCCGUUCUUGGUUCUUAUCAUCCCUGUCACAGCCGAUAAUGUCGAGGCCCGAGAAAUAAUCCGCAACACGUGGGGGAGAGAUACCACAGUGCAAGGCCAGGUGGUCCACCACUACUUUCUGCUGGGACGAUCCAUGGAGAGAAACGGGAUCGAGCGGCUUAAGGAGCAGGUGGCAUCUGAAAGCCAGAAACAUCAUGACAUUCUCCAGAGUGACUUUGUAGACAGCUACAACAACCUCACUAUUAAGACGAUGGUUAUGUUUGAAUGGCUCAGUACUCAUUGCCCCAAAACCUCCUAUGCCAUGAAGGUGGACUCGGACGUAUUCCUCAAUGUCCCCAAACUCGUUGACCUGCUUUUGAAAGCCCCCCAACAUCUCUACUUGAUGGGGAUUAUGGCAGGGGGUACUUCUGUUGUCAGAGACCGAAACUCAAAGUGGUUUCUGCCCAUUUCUGUCUUCCCUGAGCCCACGUAUCCACCAUAUGCCCUGGGACUGGGUUAUGUAUUCUCAUUAGAUUUACCCAAGAAGAUAGUGGACGCAUCUGCACAUGUUAAAGCUAUUUACAUUGAAGAUGUGUACUUGGGUCUCUGCAUGAGACAUCUGGGAAUUGCACCAAGAGAUCCUCCUCGGGGUGGUUUGUUUAGGGUAUUUGCACCUCCUUCAAUAAGCAAAUGUUACUGGAAUUCUAUCAUUGUUACAUUACUGCCAAACUCUAAAAAGAUUUUGGAUGCAUGGAAAACAUAUGAGGUAGAUGCAAAAAGUGGCUGUUAAAACAUUAAUACCAGCCUUAAAAAAAGAUGCACCUUAUAAGUUAAUGAGCCUGCAGUUUCAACACUAUAUUUAUUUAUUUAAAGGUUUUAGGGUGGAUUUUUGUUUGUUUUGUAUUUAAUCGCUUGUGGUCAUACCACUUAUGCACUUUGCUGGGUAAAUAAUGUCAUUGUGUCAAGUGGUGUUAAGAUGGUGGUAUUAAGAUUAAGACUGUUCUCAUGGAUGUGUUAACCCAACUCAAGCUACCCACAGAUAAGGACGGCAGACCUAUUGGAACCACACUGCCUUCCAGAGGCUCGUUAAGGCAAUACCUUUGAAAUGUAAUUCUACUGAGUAAUACUGUCAUAAUGUCUUAUAUUAUAAUAUAUAUAAUAUAUUAGAAUUUAGAAUAUAUUUAUAUUCUACAAAGACAGACUGGCUGUCGUAGUUUGAAUGUAAUCUAUCUUUCCUUCGCCUUUGUAUUGUUAGUUGGUACAGCCUACCAUUAGUUAUGAGUUAAGAAACUGAGGAAUGGCGUAGAGAUUAAUAAUUGUUUCUAUUUUCAUGCCAACAAGAUGUGUGAUUGAAAGUGUUCAAUUUUGUCUUGAUCAUCUUUGAUCCGAGUUGAUGAGAUGUCGUGGUAAAUCUAAACAAAGUUUCAUUCUACCCGCUUAAUCUGUAAUUUAGGAAAAUAGGUUCCAUUUGCAUCCUCAUUUUUGUUCAGUUAUUUCUCACUAUCAUCAAAACUCAUUCAUCCCGCUAUUCCUCUCAUCAUUUUCUAUUAUACCAACUGUUAUAUUAUGCAUCAUAUUGUUUAUUAUUCAUUAUUCACCGUUUAUGUAAAUAAAUCAUAUAUUUCACUUAAGUCGUAGUCAGACAAGGUCCUUGUGAGCUGGGAAAUAAUCAUUGUACUGAGAGCUGACACCUCAGAUAUGACUUAUUAAUUACUAAUGAUUAAUAUUGAUCCAGUAUUACUUGAUUCAUUCUUACAUUGUACUGUUCAUCUGUAAGUGGUGCCCCCUGUCGACGAGUGCUGUUAUUAGACUUAAAUGUUUAACAACAUAAUUUCCCCUACAGUUCUCUCACUGACAAAGAUAGAGUUUGAUGGUAUCCACUGUCAAGCUCUGGUUGCUCCCCACAUGAAAUGCUUUCCUCUUUUGUUUUCAUCUGUAUGGGUUGUGGGGCAAGAUGGCAAGAUGCAAGCUGUUUUUGAUCAAAUACAUCCAAGCCCAAGGCUAAAACUUGCAAAAAAAAAAAAAAAUA